CUUCACUGAAACGCUUCACAAGACAGUUAAACCUGAGCAUCUUAUAAGUUACUAAGAAACUUCUGGAAGGACACAUUUUGGUAGGUGAGUUCCUGUUAUUCUGUGGGAAAGCAGGCUGCGGCUGUCAACAGAGACACAUUUUUGUGUGAGAGAAGAAUAUAUCCAUGGUUUGGUGCGGCUGUACAGAUCAUGAUGUGAAGCACAUCAGGUUGUCUGUGCAAGUGUCCAUAAGAGGGAUGGCGACCAAAGGAUUGAGUAGAUGGAGUUUUGGAUUCUGGAGCCAACUGGAUUAUGUGUUUUUCCUAGUCCUGCUCCUGCUGUGCCUUCCAGUAACAUCAAGCAUAAGUGGGAUAACAGUUGGGUUUUCAGACAUCACAACACCUACAGGACCCCCAAAUUCAACAACCACAGAUAACAUUACCACAAUGCAGUCAUCUACAACCGAAGGUCUCAGUGGCUCAUCAACAGUGCCAUUAACAACAAGCCACGUUACUGUGCAAAAUACAACAACAAUGGUGGAAACCACAGCCACAUUUUCUAGCAUAAGCACAACUAUCCCAGCAACAACUUUUACGAUGGAAUUCCAUAGCACUGAUAAUCAAACUGUGGAAACCACACCAUACACAACCACUGAAAACACGACUUCUUUUGAAACAACCGCAAGCUCCACAUCCACCGAAAACAUGACCUCUUUUGAAACAACCACAAGCUUCACAUCCACCGAAAACAUGACUUUUGAAACAACCGCAAGCUCCACAUCCACCGAAAACAUGACCUCUUUUGAAACAACCACAAGCUUCACAUCCACCGAAAACAUGACUUUUGAAACAACCACAAGCUCCACAUCCACCGAAAACAUGACUUCUUUUGAAACAACCGCAAGCUCCACAUCCACCGAAACCAUUACAUCUUUUGAAACAAAUGCAAACUUCACAACAUUUACAGCAACAACCGAACCAUCAUCCUCCGCCAGUAUAACUGAUUCAACACCACUGCUGACAACCGUUAAACAAACACCAUCUGUGUUUUACUGGAUGACUAUAUCCUAUGAGGCAACAGUAGGAGACCAAAGUGAACAAAAUCUCAAAACAAUGUUUGAGUGGUUCUUCAAAGGCAACCUAGACACAUGUGCAGUUUCCAGUGAGAGCUCCCCAUUUGUGAUGUCACAAAGCGAAAGCAUAUCUGUCAAUGUGUUUUAUUAUGAGCUCCCCAGUUCAUAUGUAGAGAAAACUGGCCUGUUUGAAGCCAUGGAGUUUACAUGUGAACCAAAAAAUAUUACAAAGAAUGCACAAUGCAAUAUUCUACUGAAGCUGAGUGCACCUGUCAGUGUUUGCUGCAUGAUGAAACUGACAGUGACACUGGAAAGUGUUGUUGUGGUGGGACAAAUAGAACGAGUGGGUGUGUGUGCAGAUGACAUAACACAUUUCUUAGCUGGACAAUAUAACAAAUGCAAUGAGACAGUCAAAGUGACUGAAGAUGUAUGUAGUGUAAAACCACAGAACAUUUUGUGUGGAAACAGUACAAAUGUGAUUUUUCCGUUGGAUACUGGUGUUCAGGAGAUCUGUCCUACUAUGCCACCACCGCCAACAUGUACUUGUUCCUCACACUGCAAUAACUCAGAUUUCUACUAUUACCAUUUUAACAUUACUUGGUCCACUGAAAUUUUCUAUGCGGAAUACGAGUAUCCCUACUACACGCUACGCCAGUCCGUUUAUCAGUUGUUAAAUCACUCAGAAUGCAGCAACAUUUUAUCUGCAUGUAACAGUGUACAAACUUUCAGAAAUCACAUUCAGGACAUAGGUGUGAAUUAUUUCACAGAAAGCACUUUUCAAGUUAUAGUUAAACUAGACAGAGCAAUGGACCUGUGUGAUGUUCACACAGCUGUAGAGGCCAUCUUUGAACCUCAGAAGAACUUCACCUUCGACGGAGUUGUGAGCAGAGUAGCUAUCUGCUCUUAUUCUUCGGAUCCUUUAAGAGAUUAUUUCAUAUGGAAGCCGUCUUUGAGUACAAAUUUCAGUUCUGAAGGCUUCUGCAUGGAGUCAAACAGAGAAAACUUGUUGACAGAUUACUGCUUAAGAGGACUGAAAUAUUUGGAAGGAAACGUGGGUAUAGUCAUUCCCCUGAAUGGCAGCUGUAAUUCAUCUACACCCAUGUUCCAAAACAUUACCACAACUUCUCCAUCUUUCACAGUGUCCACGACCACGUCAGGGGCAUUAGAUGCUGAAGGACUGUUGAAGUUGAGUGCAAAAGCCCCGUCUUUAAAUGCCACGCAGGUGGAGCAGAUCUUAUCACAGCUAGAGUCACUCCUCUUUGGGCCCAACAUCAGUCUGGCCUUGGCAAACACCUCCAUCAAUAUUGUCAGCAACCUCCUCAAUGUUCCUGUAGCUGUAAUGACUCCUUUCUCAAAGAGGGCCAUUGGGAUUGUGGAUACAGUGGGUCUUAAAUUGGUUGUAUCAGGGACGAGUCAGUCAAUACUUUCACAAUCACUGGCAAUGGCAGUGAAGAAAGUCGAUGGGACCAACUUUCAGGAGACAUCCUUCUCGUUAAUCGAAACAUCUAACGUGCAGAUUCAAAGUCACCCCAGCCUGGAGACUGAAGACAUCAUGGUUCAGGUCCGGUCCACUCUUCUGGGUUCAAUCAUCCUCCCAGCAUCCCUCACACAGAACCUCACGGCAGAACAGCAGCGGCUCGCAUCCAGAGUCCAGUUCAGCUACUUCCAGAAGAGCACCUUCUUCCAGGACAAAAAUUUGGGUGAAAGUAAACUAAACAGCGGGAUUGUGGGUUGCAGUGUGGCUAACCUGAGCAUCUCUGGUCUACAGAAGGAAGUGGUGAUAACCCUGCGAAACACAGGGCCCAUUCCGGCUAAUUAUAAAGCUUCCUGUGUAUUCUGGGACUUUGGAUUAAAUGGUGGCUCGGGUGGCUGGAAUCGUUCUGGAUGCCAUGUGCUGAACUCUUCUGCUGAAGAAACUCAGUGCGCCUGCAAUCACCUAACCAGCUUUGGUAUUCUGCUAGACAUUUCAAAGACUCCCAUCACUGGACAGCAUGCUGAAAUCCUGACAUACAUUACAUACAUAGGAUGUGGCAUCUCAGCCAUUUUCCUCUCUGUCACCCUGCUCACAUAUUUGGCCUUUGGUAAACUGCGCAAAGACAUCCCGUCUAAGAUCCUUAUUCAGCUGUGUUUGGCCUUGCUGCUGCUAAACCUGGUGUUCCUAUUGGACGCCUGGCUGGCUCUGUACCCAGAUGCUGUGGGUCUUUGCAUCUCCACUGCUUUUUUCCUGCAUUAUUUCCUCCUGGCAUCCUUUACCUGGAUGGCACUGGAGGCCUUCCACAUGUAUCUGGCCAUUGUCAAGGUGUUCAACACCUACAUCUCCCGCUUUAUGGUCAAGAUAGGACUUGUUGGAUGGGGCAUUCCUCUCGUCAUAGUCAUAAUUGUCAUAGCCUUUAACAAAGACAACUAUGGCCUUGUGACAUACGGGAGAUUUGGAAAUGGAGCAACUGAUGAUUUUUGCUGGAUAAAAAACGACAUUGUCUUCUAUGUUGCUGUGGUGGCGUACUUCUGUCUUGUCUUCCUGCUGAACUUCAUCAUGUUUAUCAUCGUGAUGGUCCAGCUGUGUCGCAUUAAGCAGCAGAACCCUCAGAACGUGCAGAAUCGCAGCGGCUGGCAGGAGAUACGCAGUGUAGCUGGACUCUCCAUGCUUCUGGGCCUCACCUGGGGCUUCGCUUUCUUCGCCUGGGGUCCUGUUAACCUGGCCUUCAUGUACCUGUUUGCUAUUUUUAACACUUUACAAGGAUUCUUCAUCUUUGUGUUCCAUUGUGCCAUGAAAGAAAACGUCAGACGACAGUGGAGGACAUACCUGUGUUGUGGCAGCCUGAGACUGGCAGAAAACUCAGACUGGAGUCGCACGGCAACUCAGAAGAAAAACAAAGCCUCCAAGAAAAGAAUGUUUUCAUUCCGCUCGUCGAAUUCUAACAAUUCGAGCUCAUCUUUCCUGAACCAUGACAGCUUGGCAUCUGAUAUGCCAAUGGAUGUUGGCAACCCGAUGGACGACAGGAAAAUAACUGCAGCAGAAAAGCCCAGCUCAGGUUCUGACGUGGUAUUGAACGAGAUCAACAACCAGUACCGAGGUCAAAGGUCAUAAUGAAUAAACUGAUCACAGCCGGAAUGAGUGCAUGUGCAUGUAUGCAUGUACUAUGUUCUAAUGAGUCACUGUAUUUCACUGGUAUUAUAAAUUUACAGAAAGUAUUGCGUGUUGUAUAUUCAACAGAAAUAUUACUUAAAGCUUUUCAAAAUAAUAAAAUGUACAACAUAAGAGUAUAACAAAAGAAAUACAAGUUGUAGAGUGCCUUGUUGAUAAUUUCACAAAGUUUUUUUCACAAACACACUUGUGCAUUCAAUAUGCAAUAUACUGUAAUCAAAACAAAUGAUGGUGAAUAGUAUUACUGAUGAAUUAUAAAGAAAGUUCUGAAGGUCCCAAUGUUGCUGUACAAAAACAUCUUCAAUCUGAUUGGCUGACUGCUACACAGUUUCCAUGAAUCAGACUGCACAGGUUAAAAGUCAACCAGGUUUACAAGGAGCAAGGCUUCUACUGAAACAUUUUUUGAAGUUCAUGGCAUCAAAUGAAUUCCAUUUUAUUUGGACACAUGAAAAUGUCUAUUCACACUUUUUCUUAAAUGUAAUGUUGCAUAGUUUGUCUUGUGUUAUGCUUUCACAGAUUUCAGAUCUACCCACAGUUUCCACAAAAAUAUUAAGCAGCACAGCUGUUUUCAUCAUUACUAAUAA